AUGGAAAUAAUGUUUAGAAAAUGUAGAAGUUUAAUUUUAAACAACAAGAGGGAAUUAUUCAUGAAGACAUUAGAACUUGAAUUAAGUGCCUUUUCGUGUUCAGAAUGUCAUCCAAUUAAAACAAAGAUGAUAAGCCGAUUUAUUGAAUUCAGGUGUAAAAAUUUAGGAACCCUUCUUACAAAAAAUAUGAAAAAAAGUGCAGCUUGUCUCAAAGCUAGCAAGAGUAUUGCAAUGAGAGAAGCUGUUAAGAAUAAAAUAAAACUUAAAGCAACAGUUGUAAAUAAUUUAAUUAUUAUUUAA